ACUGUGUGCACACACACACUGAAAAGGAGAAUCAAGCAAUCAAGUUGAUACUCGUUAAAAGCAAGCAAGCAAAUCAAGAUAAUAUUAAUAAUAAUAUAUUAAUUUUAUUAAAUAUAUAUUACGCGAUAUUAUUUAAUUAAUCAGCCUAAUUAAAGUAUUUAAAAUACUCAUUUUAUUAAAAUAAUUGAGUUGCUAUUUUUUUUCUUUAAAAUUCAAGCAACAUUAUUUGAGAAUACAAAAUGGCCAAACCACGACAAACAAAGGCAAACAAGGCUGAUAAAAAUACUGAAGCUGAAAACGACAGUGAAGCAAUGGAAGUUGAAGUAAAAAAGCCAGUUGGACGUGGUCGUCCACCUAAACCAAAAGAAAUUGUACAAGAUGAUGUUGUUGAGGAGGGUCCAUCAAAGCCAAAAAGAGCUCGUAAAACCAAAGCUGAUGAGACUGAAGAGCCAACAAAAGCACCAGUUGUUACAAAAGGCAAAAAAAAAGUUGCACAAAAUAAAAAUGAAGAUAUUGAUGUAGAUGAUGAAUCAACAAAUAAAAAAACAACCAAAGAUGAUGUAAUUAAAAAAACUGGUCCAAAGAAACAAGUUGUUGCACAAAAAAAUGAUGUUUCAGCUGAUGAUGAAGAAGAAGUUGUUGAUGACGACCAAGAAGUUGAUGAUGACCAAGAGGAAGAAGCACCAAAAGCUAAACGUGGUGCUAAAAAACCAACAGUUAAAGAACAAAAAAAAAUUAUUAAAGAAAAAACUCCAGAAGAAGAUGGUGAUGAAUUAACACCACCAACAUUACCAACACAAAAAGUUGCAGGUAAAAGAGGUCGUAAAGCUGCAACACCAGUUGUUGAAAUAGAAAAUGUAGAUGACGAAGUUGUUGCAAAAGUAAUUCCAAAUAAAAGAGGAAGAAAACCUGCAACACCAGUUGUUGAAAUAGAAAAUGUAGAAGACGAAGUUGUUGCAAAAGUAAUUCCAAAUAAAAGAGGAAGAAAAGCUGCAACACCAGUUGUUGAAAAUGUUGUUGAUGAUGAUGCAGAAGAAGAAGAAACUGUUGCUAAACCACCUCCAGCUAAACGUGGUAGAAAACCAAAAGAAACAAAAGUUGAAGAAGAAAAAGAAGUUGUUUCUAAACCAGUUGCUAAAAGAGGCAGAAAACCAGCAGCAGCAGCACCUGUUGAAGAAAAAAAUGAAAAUGAUGAUGAAGAAGAGGAAGAAGAAGAAGAAGUGGAAGUUAUUAAAAAGCCAGUAUCAAAAAGAGGCAGAAAACCAGCAGUAGUAGUUAUAGAAAAAAAUGAAAAUGAUGAUGAAGAAGAAGAAGUUAUUAAAAAGCCAGUAUCUAAAAGAGGCAGAAAAGCUAUUGUAACUGUUGAAGCUGUUAUAGAAAAAAAUGGUGAUGAUGAUGAAGAAGAAGAAGAAAAAGAAGUUGUUAAAAAACCAGUAUCAAAAAGAGGUAGAAAAGCUGCUGUUGUUGAAGUUGUAGAAAAAAAUGAAGAUGAAGAAGAAAAUAAAACAGUAGAAAAAAAUGAAGAAAAAAAAGAAAUUGUCGAAGAAAAAGAAGAAGAAGUUAAAUCUGCAUCAAAUGAAUCAUCAAAUACAGAUGAAAAAAUUGAAUCAACUAAUGAAACAAAUGGUACAUCAGAAAAUAAUGUUGUUGAAGAAAAAGAAAAAAAUAAAGAAGAAGAAGUAGAAAAAAUAGUUGAAGAAACAAAAGAGCCAUCAGUAACUGAACCAAUUGAAGAUAAAAAUGGUAAAACAGAAGUUGCUGCAAGUAAUGAUGUUGAUGAUGAUGAUGACAAUCAAGAAAAAGAAGACGAAGAAAAAGUAGAAGAAGUUAAAAAACAAAAACGUGGACGUAAACCUGCUACAUCAACAAAAACAUCAAAUAAUGAUGAUAAUAAUUCAACAAAUGAUAAUGAUGAAAAAACAACAACAACAGCAACAAAAAAAAAUAAAACAGAAACAGAUCUUUCAUCAAUUAAUUUUACAUGUGAAAAACUAAAUAAAAAUGGUGAUAAAUAUAAUAUUAAAAUAUGUACAUGGAAUGUAUCUGGUGCUCGUGCUGCAGCUAAAAAACAAGCACUUCCAUAUUUCAUUGCUGAAGAUGCUGAUAUAAUAUUAUUACAAGAAAUUAAAUGUACAAAAGAUGAAUUAAUUGAAGCAAUGACAAUACCAAAUUAUAAUAUUUAUACUGAAGGUGCAACAAAAGGUUAUGCUGGUGUUGCAUUAUAUUCUAAAAAAGAACCAAUAAGUAUAAAAUAUGGUAUUGAUAAUUAUGAAUUAAAUAAUGAAUCAAGAUUAAUAACAGCUGAAUAUGAUAAUUAUUAUGUUGUAUGUUCAUAUCAUCCAAAUGCUGGAGCAAAAUUAAAAUCAUUAGAUAAAAAAUUAGAAUGGAAUAAAGUAUUUAAAGAUUAUAUUAAAUUACUUGAUGCUAAAAAACCAGUUAUUAUUUGUGGUGAUUUAAAUGUUGCACAUAAAGAAAUUGAUUUAAAAAAUCCAACAACAAAUUCACGUAGUCCUGGUUUUACUAAAGAUGAACGUGAUAAUAUGACUGAAUUAUUAGCUGCUGGUUUUAUUGAUACAUAUCGUAAUUUAUAUCCAGACAAAGAGGGUGCAUAUACAUUUUGGAAUUAUGUUAGUAAUGCACGUUCAAGAAAUGCUGGAUGGAGACUUGAUUAUUUUCUAACAUCAAAACGUAUUGUUGAUAAUGUUUGUGAUAAUGUUAUUCGUAGUGAAGUAUAUGGAAGUGAUCAUUGUCCAGUUGUACUUUAUUUAAACAUAUAAACAAAAAAAAAAAAAAUAAAAACCACUUGGAUGGUACUACAUCAACGUAAUUCUUUUAUUUUUAUUUUUUUUUUUGUUUCUUAAUUUCAUUCCAAACAUUAUUAUUUUGUUUUUCAUUUUAAAUUGUCUUUUUUUAUUUUCUAUAAUUAUUAAUAAAUCAAUUUGAAUUAACAAGUGUUCUCCAGUUAGUUGUACACAAG